AGGCGCCCGACGUAUACGUCGUCGUCAGUCCUCGGCACAACGGGGUAACAAAACGGGGGUGGCGUUGCAACGGAAAGCGAAUUCGCCAAAGUUCGCUCGGACCGGACAAACAGACGGACAGGCGAGAAAGACGGCUUGAAUUCGUACAUGGGUGUAUUUACGUACGCGCGAGUGUUGCUCCAUUAAAAACAAUAAUGUCAUCAUCAGCCUACGGGGGUUGCGCGGAUCGCGGAUCGUCCAGCGGAUGGCCGACGUAGUGACGUAUAAAGUGCGAUCAGGGCAAAGCAAACCCGACCCUCGAUUCGAGGAAGAGUCAGCCUUCCUUCCUCGAGAGGUCGUCCCGUGGUUCUCCUUCAGGGCUCGCACCCUCUUUCCUCGCCGGAGACGAGCGAAAGAGAGUCGAGCGAGAGGAAGUUAUCGCCAGCACCGCCGCCGACUUUAUCCGACGCUAAGUUAAAAAAAAAACAAGAAAAAUGUCGUCGGUUAAGGUGGCGGUGAGGGUACGACCCUUCAACAAUCGCGAAAUUACUCGUGAGGCACAAUGUAUCAUAGAUAUGACGGGGACUACCACUUCCAUAGUGAAUCCUAAAGCCACACCAGGAAGCAAAGAAGCUGUCAAAAGCUUCAAUUAUGAUUAUUCCUACUUUUCUAUGGACCCAAACGAUGAAAAUUACUCAUCUCAGCUCAUGGUUUACAAGGAUAUCGGUGAAGAAAUGUUGGAACACGCCUUCGAAGGAUAUAACGUUUGCAUUUUUGCAUACGGCCAAACCGGCGCCGGUAAAUCUUACACCAUGAUGGGUAAGCAGGAAGAGGGACAGGAGGGGAUAAUACCACAGAUUUGCAAGGAUCUGUUUAGGAAAAUCAGCUAUACGUCUAACGAGCGAUUGAAGUAUUCGGUAGAAGUGAGUUAUAUGGAAAUCUAUUGCGAGAGGGUGCGCGAUUUGUUAAAUCCGAAAAAUAGAGGGAAUCUUCGAGUGAGGGAACACCCUCUCUACGGACCUUACGUCGAAGAUCUUUCCAAAUUGGCCGUAUUGUCGUAUGAAGACAUUCACGAUCUCAUAGACGAGGGCAAUAAGGCCAGAACUGUGGCAGCAACAAACAUGAACGAAACAUCCAGCAGAUCGCACGCUGUUUUCACUAUAUUCUUUACACAACAGCAACAGGAUUGUACCACUGGUUUAAUGUCAGAGAAAGUUAGUAAAAUAUCUCUGGUUGAUCUGGCAGGAUCCGAGAGAGCCGAUUCGACGGGCGCGAAAGGUACACGACUAAAGGAAGGAGCUAACAUUAACAAGAGUUUGACAACUCUUGGAAAAGUUAUCAGUGCUCUGGCCGAGAUUGCAACGAAAAAGAAGAAGAAAGCCGAUUUCAUACCAUACAGAGAUUCGGUUUUAACGUGGUUAUUACGAGAGAAUUUGGGUGGAAAUUCUAAAACCGCUAUGAUCGCAGCAAUUAGCCCUGCUGAUAUCAAUUACGAUGAGACACUUUCAACUUUACGAUAUGCGGACCGAGCGAAACAGAUCGUUUGCAAGGCCGUGGUCAACGAGGACGCGAAUGCCAGACUUAUCAGAGAACUCAAAGAAGAAAUACAGAAACUACGGGAACUUCUAAAACAGGAAGGAAUCGACGUACAUGAAGGGCCAGAUGGCAAAGUUACGUACGAAAAGAAAGAAUCUAGGGAUGAAAUUAUCAGAACAAACAAGCGAAACGAAGAGGAUACCAAGGAGACUCGGUCGAGGCUCUCCUCCCAUGCUACAUCUACCAUCGCCGAAGAGGCGGUUGAUCAAUUGCAAGCAUCUGAAAAAUUGAUCGCAGAAUUGAAUGAAACAUGGGAAGAGAAGUUGAAGCGAACCGAAUCGAUUCGCCUGCAACGCGAAGCAGUCUUCGCCGAGAUGGGGGUCGCCGUGAAAGAGGACGGUGUCACAGUGGGUGUAUUCUCGCCGAAAAAGACGCCGCACUUGGUAAAUCUGAACGAGGAUCCCCUCAUGUCGGAAUGUCUGAUCUACUACAUCAAGGACGGAUUCACACGCAUUGGUAGCGCCGAGGCGAUUAUACCCCAGGACGUUCAGCUGUGCGGGCCGCAUAUACUCAGCGAGCACUGCGUUUUCGAAAACCACGAGGGCAUUAUAACUCUCAUACCGAAGAAAGGAGCUUUAAUCUAUGUCAAUGGCCGCGAAGUGACCGAACCGCUUGUUCUAACAACCGGUUCGCGAGUUAUUCUGGGAAAGAGCCACGUUUUCCGAUUCAAUCAUCCCGAUCAAGUACGCGAACGAAUUGCGAACGGAUCGCCGGCGGAAACUCCUGGCAACAAUGAACCAGUCGCAGACUGGAACUUUGCGCAGGUUGAGCUGUUGGAAAAACAGGGUAUCGAUCUAAAGGCUGAAAUGGAGAAGAGAUUGCUUGUAUUGGAAGAACAGUUCCGUAAAGAAAAGGAAGAAGCUGAUCAGCUGUUUGAAGAACAACGAAAGAGCUACGAAGCGCGGAUAGAUGCAUUGCAGAGGCAGGUGGAGGAACAAAGUAUGACGAUGUCUAUGUACAGCAGUUACACUCCGGAAGAUUUCAACAACAUCGAGGAAGACAUUUUCGUCAACCCAUUGUUUGACGCAGAGAGCAACUGGACCGAGAGAGAGUUUCAACUGGCCGCUUGGGCCUUCCGCAAGUGGAAAUAUCAUCAAUUCACGAGUUUACGGGACGAUCUUUGGGGCAACGCGAUAUUCCUUAAAGAGGCUAAUGCCAUAUCCGUUGAACUAAAAAAGAAGGUUCAAUUCCAAUUUACUUUACUCACGGACACCCUGUACUCGCCGCUACCUCCUGAUCUUUUACCAGUUAUGGAUGACGAAGAGGAGGAUGAGAGACCGUUUCCACGCACGAUCGUUGCUGUUGAAGUCCAGGAUACGAAGAACGGUGCUACGCAUUACUGGACAUUAGACAAACUAAGACAGCGCUUGGAGCUGAUGCGACACGUAUACAACGAGGACUCGAGCCCCAGCACUCCGGAGGCCAAAGAGGAUAUUUUCCAAUGCCUUACGGUCUACUCUAAUCCGAAGUUCUCGCUCGCAAAUCUUUUGCCUUCGAGACAAAGAUUGGAGCUGAUGAGGGAAAUGUAUCACAAUGAAGCCGAGCUCUCGCCCACAUCUCCGGACUUCAAUAUCGAAUCCAUCACGGGAGGUGAUCCGUUUUACGAUCGAUUUCCAUGGUUCCGCAUGGUCGGCAGAGCCUUCGUAUAUCUGAGCAAUCUCAUGUAUCCGGUGCCGUUGAUUCACAAAGUAGCCAUCGUGAAUGAGAAGGGCGACGUUAAGGGUUACUUGCGGGUCGCUGUACAAGCCGUAGUUGAAGAGGAAAACAGCGAAUACUCGAGUGGCGUCAGACAAUCAGCACGAAUCUCCUUUGAGGACGAUCUGUUUGGCGGGCACAAGCACAACAAACGCAACACACUUUUGACUCAAACUCUGGAGAAGAAUCGGCAAAUCAUGUUGCACGAGGAGCGCGUGGUCGAGGGACACAACGAGAUCAAUCAGAAGGACAUGAAGGACGAGGACGAUAUAGGGGAUGCUGACAGUGGCAGAGGCGACAGUUCGGUUUCGAGCGACAUGAAGGAAGAGGAUUUGCCAGAUCAUUUGCAACCUGGCGCGGAAUUCACUUUCAGGGUAACGGUCCUACAAGCCAUGGGCAUUUCUACAGAGUACGCUGACAUUUUCUGUCAAUUCAACUUCCUACACCGACACGACGAGGCUUUCUCGACGGAGCCGGUGAAGAACACAGGCAAGGGCAAUCCGCCCGGAUUUUAUCACGUACAAAAUAUUACGGUCACGGUUACCAAAUCCUUCUUGGAAUAUCUGAAGACGCAACCUAUCGUUUUCGAAGUAUUUGGUCAUUAUCAACAACAUCCAUUGCACAAGGACGCAAAGCUGGAAUACGUACGACAACCACCGAAGAGAAUGCUUCCGCCUUCCAUACCGAUCAGCCAACCGGUUCGCUCGCCGAAAUUCGGCAGCGUUCUGCCGUCACCCAGCACGUCCCACGUGCACGCCAAGUACGACGUCCUGGUGUGGUUCGAGAUCUGUGAGUUAGCGCCGAACGGCGAGUACGUGCCGUCGGUGGUUGACCACAGUGACGAUCUGCCGUGUCGCGGAUUGUUUUUGCUUCACCAGGGUAUACAGCGACGUAUACGAAUCACCAUUGUGCACGAACCGGCCUCCGAAUUGAGAUGGAAGGAUGUGCGCGAGCUCGUGGUCGGCCGUAUUCGAAAUACUCCAGAACCCGAGGAAGAGGACAAUGACUCGUCUGUACUCUCGUUGGGUCUGUUCCCCGGCGAAUAUCUCGAAAUUCCCGGUGACGACCGCACCAUGUUCAGAUUCGAAGCAGCCUGGGACAGCUCCCUGCACAAUUCGACUCUGCUCAAUCGAGUCACGUCUUACGGAGAGCAAAUAUUUAUGACUAUUUCCGCGUAUCUCGAGCUGGAGAACUGUGGAAGACCCGCGAUCAUCACAAAAGAUCUGAGCAUGAUCAUCUACGGAAGGGACGCAAGAGUCGGCCCGCGUUCGCUUAAACACCUGUUUAGCGGCAGCUAUCGCAAUCAAGAAGCGAAUCGUCUCAGCGGAGUCUACGAACUAGUGCUACGUCGUUCUUCGGAAGCAGGUAGCCCAGGAGUUCAAAGACGUCAACGUCGCGUCUUGGACACGAGUUCCACAUAUGUCAGGGGCGAGGAGAAUCUACACGGAUGGAGACCGCGCGGAGACAGUCUGAUAUUUGAUCAUCAGUGGGAGCUCGAGAAGUUGACGAGGCUAGAGGAAGUGGAAAGAGUGCGACACACAUUGUUGCUGCGGGAGAAACUUGGCAUCGACAAAGUACCGUUCUGCAACAAACCUCUGCAUGAUUUCACGAAGAGCGAAAAGGACGUAUGUAAUAUGGUUGCAAAGGCCACGAAUGAACCACACGCCAGUCCGGUUAAGCUGAAACGUUCGACCAGUACGAAAGACGUUUACGAACCCUGGGAAAUGACCGAGAGGGAGCGCGAACUGACGACCAAGUAUAUUAAACUCAUCCAAGGAAGGAUCCCGAGCAAGGAACCGAUACUACUUGCCGAUGUUUCGCCUGGGGAGGACACUAUCACUGAUUUAUCAGCGUCUAUGAUGUCCUCGGUCAUAUCGUCCUCGUCUCAAGAGUCAGUAUAUGCGAGAGAUAGCGAUUUCUCCAAGCAGGCUGCUGAGAUAAUAGUAUGGAGCAGGUCUAAGUCGUGCCUCCUUAGGUUAAGCUCACCGGAGAGGGCUAGAUUGCAAGAGCUCCAGGAGAGUAUAUUGGCGAGCGAGUCGGCCAAUCAAACCUGCACCGUGGCACCACCACCAUUAGGAUCAUCCUCGCCGUCGAAGGAGAACUUGGUACUCUAUGUACCGGAAGUGGAGGAGAUACGCAUUAGCCCGGUCAUCGCGCGGAAGGGCUACUUGAACGUUCUCGAGCAUAAGACCAACGGUUGGAAGAAACGCUGGGUGGCUGUUCGUCGACCAUACGUUCUCAUUUUCCGAGAAGAAAAAGAUCCCGUUGAAAGGGCGUUAAUUAAUUUAGCCACGGCUCAAGUUGAAUACUCCGAGGAUCAGCUGGCCAUGGUGAAAGUGCCGAAUACGUUCAGCGUCGUUACCAAACAUAGAGGAUACUUGCUGCAAACCUUAGGCGACAAGGAGGUCUACGACUGGCUGUAUGCGAUUAAUCCUCUUCUAGCUGGUCAAAUUAGAUCGAAACUCGCACGCAAAAGCCCGGCCGCGACAAAUUUGAGCAAUGGCGCGCCGAUCGGCCUGACACCGACUCUGGAGCAACCGAGCAAUCAGACCAAGUGAGUGGCGUUAGCUGACAGUAUGGCCGGGGUAACGAGUGCAAUAGCAAAGGCGUCGGAGAGAAUGCUGUGCUGGUCGCACUCGGCCUUAGAGUCCCGAGACUUGUGCAACUUUCGAUUUCCGCUAGUCUUUGAUUGAUCCUCGAGCGGAGGAUCCCGAGCUGUCUUGAGAUUUUAAUCCACACGGUAUAUCGACAGCACGGUAAAAUAUAUCGACGUUUUACUUUACGCAGCGUUCCCUUAGCACGUUUACGAGAGGGCGAGAAAGAGGAGGCGAUGAGGCUCGUCUUUCGAAGAAGUUACAGACGCGCGAGCAAAUGUAAUUCGCUAUAUGGUGAAACAGUUACCUAUUUACCUCUUACUAUCAUCGGAAAAUUCCUUUCCGCGUCUCUCCGUACAUUUCGAAUUCACGUUCGAAGUGCUUUUCACGUCGACGAGACGAGAUCAAGGAUCCGUGCGCGCGGAUGGUGUUUCCGUUGAAUCUUUUAUUUCCACGACGCGUUGAUGUAACCUACCGUGAUACCCCUUUAAGCAUGCAACGUGUGAGAAGGAUAGAGAUGCAUUUAUGCCUAAUAAACGUAUUCUUAAGACGAUCACUGAAAACGAGGUAUAAAGUACACGUUAUAGAUAUAUCUGUAGAAGAAAAAGUAUGCGAGAGAAAGAAAAUAAUAUAAAGAGAGAAAUGAAGAGAUUUGGGAAGAUAUCGAUAAUUUCAUACGCGAGCUUGAAACGAUCGUUUAUAUAGUGCUCUCAAAAGAGUAUAUCUACGAUGAAGGAAAAGGAACAUUAAUACGCAAUUUUCUAUGAGAAUUAGAUUCCCAUUCUCUGUGUGUUCACAUUUUAUUUUAUUUAUAUUCGAUUAAGCAAAUCAGAUCUAGGUGAUGAUGCUGAGCAUCCAACUUCGACAAUGUGAAAAUGUGGUAAUGUACUUGUGUACACGCAAUCGAUUGACCUAGUCGCUAGAUGAAGAUUUUAUUUUCCGAAUUGGAGAUUUUCAAAUAGUUUUUAAUUAUGUAGUAAGAUGGGAUAACAUUGCUCCAACGUAAUUUGAAUUUUGUAUUGAAAUGAAAAGAGAUUUAAAUAUUAUCCAAAAUACGAAAAGCAAAGAGAGAGUUGCCACUUCUUGAAGCAUAAAGUUUAUAGAGUACUUUCUGUGAUUUGAAAUGUUUUAUUUUUUUGUUACUUCAUGUCACCUUUGAUAUAGAUAGAGUAAUUUUAUCCUGUCUUAAGAUAAUUAAUAUUUUAAAAUCUCUGUGUGCCAUAUAUUCUCUUUUAAUACACUUGGCAGUUUUAAUUAUAUAUAAGUAAAUUAAAGAACUUUUAGUAUAGAGCAAUGAGAAACUAAAUGAAGAGAACUAAGUGAAGAGAAGACUUGCAUAUGAACAGUAUUUGCAACUCUUUAUUUCUAAGAGUCUCUGUUGGAAAAAAGAGGGAAAUUUUAAUAUAUUCCGCGGUUACAAAUGGAAAAAUAUUAUUGCAAACUUCUUCGAAACACGAAUGAAUGCAAGAAAGUCGGCAAGCAAACAAGAUAUGACGUAAAAAAAGUUUUCAUUCGUAUAACGCGAUCGCGUGUCGAUUUACGACGAAAAUUAUCGUCAAAGUAUUUCGUAUCUCCUCUCGCAGAGAGUAACAUACGCGCGAUAUAAAUAGGUAAAAAAAUUACCCUUAAUCUGUGGAGAUAUAGACGCCACACUCUGACGCAUCGUGUUUUCAUGUCUACGUAGAUUUUAAGCGAUUCUCCUCGAGGAUGUUCGCCGAACGCGAGUUGACGAGCAUAAUCGAUGAUUCAAUAUCUAACGAGGAAAUGUUCCAUUUCGGAUCAAGUUGAAUUUUUAACAAGCUUUCAUUCAUUUAGAAGAAAAAUUUAAUUACAUAAAAGCGACUUAAAGAUAAGAUUAUCUACACCAUGUGCUGAUCUGAUUUUUUUAUCUGAUUUUUCUUUAACGAAGAACGUCUAGAGAAGACGAGCGAAGAAACUCGUCGUAGAAUUCAAUGAUCCGAAAUUGAUAAUUUUCUCGUAAUGAGAUGAUAGACAUAGGUCGAUUACGUUGUUCACAGAGGCUUUUAUCAAUUCUCUUACGACAACUUGGAUAACACAGGGGUGCAACGUUAUAUAAAUACAUACAUAUGUGUCUAUUGUGCACCUCUCACCUGGGGAGACCUCAACAUCUUUGAUAUUUAAUUUACGACACGCGUAUGAAAUGUCCAAAUUCGAAAUAUAUGUCCAGAUAGCAAAAAAAGAUGUAUUUUGACGUUAAAAUGAUGUCAAUAAUUACUAUAUGGCUAUCUAAGUAUAUUCAAAGAUGGACAUUCGAUGUGUGUCGUAUUAUGUAGAUACAUAAUAGCGUAUUUCAUGACGUGGCCGUUAUAUGAUAUAUUGACACUAUGACGCACAUAUUCGAGGUGCAGCAGAAUCCCAGAUUUAUUCGACCCUCCAUCCCCCUAUCACCCUAUCAAGAAUACCUCUAUUUCUAUCAAAUGCACCCGUGUAUUACAAUUGGAAAUACAUUUUACAAUCAUAUCGAAAGCUCCCUUUUAACGUUUCUCUCAAGAUCACAUGUGUGACAUAGGAUUUUGAAAAAAAAUAUAUUUUGGGAAAUUCAAUUACUGUCAUUACAUCAUUAAUGAAAUCAAUAUUCUAUAUUUCUCGCGGUUACCGUAUCUAAAUAUUAUUAUUAAUAUAUUGGUAUAAAGGAACUGCGUCCGGAUUGUACUGCAUGUAAAAAAAAAAUGUUUUUUAAAUGUUGCCCCUAUUAUAAAUCUAUCGAAGUGGUCUAUCGAUUUCGUGUACCUUGUCUUCUAAGAAGAGGGAAGAUUUUUCCCGAUCGGGGUUUCCGGUAUUUCGACGGAAGGCGAUUAUAAAUCUUAUAAAACUCGCUUGAUUCUAGUCUUACGCGCUCAAUUUCGAGGUGAAUUUUUUGUAUUAUUUUUUCCCUCGAUUCCCUACUCCCCCUUCCCUCCUCAAUCGUGCAAGAAUUCUUAAAUCGUGGCUUACGCGCGAAUGUAAUGCCCCAUCACACUAUUAUCGUUUUCGCUUGCUGACUGUUGUAGUAUCUGAUAGUUUUAUUUUGUUAACGACACACCGUAAUGUAUUUUAAAACUCGUAAUUAUAUAAUAAGUUGAACAUAAUGGGCUCUCUAUCGACUACGCCGAAAAGAAAGUGGUACAUACACCCGACGAAAGAGAGAAAGAAAAAAGAGAGAGAGAGAGAACAAAAGAGCGGAAACGCGAAUAUUACGAAGGAAUUUACAUCAUAUUUAAGUCGUUGGAGAGAUUAAUAAUUAUUGUUAUUAUUAUAUAGUAGACAAAAUAUAAAAAAAAGAACGAUAAGGUGAGAGUGAGAGUAUGUAUGAGAGAUUGAAAGAAAGGGAGACCGACAGAAAGAGAGAAAGAAAGUGAUAUAGAACUUUUCCCCCCCAAAAGGGGAAGAAAAGAGAGAAUGUAGAUGUGCGAAAGGGAAAAUAUGUAAAAGUAUGCGCGAAAGGAAACACGUUCGCUUAUAUAUAUACAUAAUAUACAAACUAAAUUAUAUAUAAAUAUAUAAAUAAAUUUAAUGUUAAUUUUAAGCAUUUUGUGAAAUGUUGAGAAUCAUCAUCGCCGGAUGUACGAGGAGAUAACGAUGAUGCGGAUCUGUACCAAGUAUGUAAGUUCAUGUAUUUCGUUUGUAAGGUAUAAAUUCCACUAAACAUCCACAUUACAACAAAAAAAAUGUUUUCGUUUAAUCGUUUGCUAUUGGAAACGUGCAUCGACGCUGUAACUAGUAUUUAUUAUAAAUAUUAUAUAUAUUAUUAUGGUUAAAAAACUCGAAUUUUUCGCUAGAGGCUCACUGUAAGUGGUAACGUGUAAUAAAUCGGUCAAUAAAAAGCUUAUAUGCUUAAUAUAA